AUGAUUGUGUACCAGCCCGGCUCUUGGGGCGUUGGCUUUGCGUUACGACUCCAUGGCUCAGUAUUUCCCCGUGCAUUUGCUCCAGCCGGGAUAUGUGCUGCAUUCACUUUGCUACUACAUUGGCUGCUACGCCUAGAUCCUGCAACGCUCGAGGUGAUUGGUACGGGCGCAUCUGAGCAGGGCGUUUUUGAUGGCUUUACGUUUGUUCUUGGAUUCUUGAUAGUAUUCCGGUCGCAGCAAGCAUAUUCAAGAUGGUGGGAGGGUGGUACCUUACUUCAGCAAUUGCGGGGUGAAUGGUUCAAUUCUUACAGUUGCCUGAUUGCGUUCUGCAGCAGCUCUCCAGAGAAGAAGGAGGAAGUCAAGGCGUUUCAGCAUCAGCUGGUUCGCCUGUACAGCUUGCUGUAUGGUUGCGCCUUGCAACAAGUUGCAACCAUGGAUGAGAAGACCUUCGACCUCUUCGGCUUGGACGGCUUUGAGCCUAGUAGUAUGGCUUUCCUACAAGGGAGCCAUGACCGCUGCGAAAUUACUCUCCAAUGGAUCCAAAGGCUCAUUGUUGAGAGUGAUGCGAAGCAAAUUCUGAAGAUAGCUCCGCCUAUCUUGUCGAGAGUAUUUAACGAGCUCGGCAACGGCAUCGUCAACCUGAACAACGCAAGGAAGAUCACGGACUUUCCAAUCCCUUUUCAUCUCGCGCAGAUGAUCACGGUGAUGCUUAUGGCACAUUCCCUGGUGCUGCCAUUGAUCUCUGCAGCCACCGUGGACAACAUUUCAUCAGCUGGUGGUAUUACAUUUUUUGUCAGUUUCGCGUACUGGGCAGUUCAUUUCAUCACCAUAGAGCUGGAAUGGCCCUUUGGAGAUGAUCCCAAUGAUCUCCCGCUACAAGACAUGCAAACAGACUUCAACAUGAGUCUGUCUAGUUUGAUCGACGACAGAGCGCAAGAGGUGCCAAAGUUCAGCUUUGAGCCACAAAAACAUUUGCUGCUGAAGACCAAGAGCAUUAAUUUCGAUCGAGACCUGUCAGUGGGAGCUCCCGCUAGACAGCGCAUGUCAAGAUUUCAGGAGGUCCAGGCCCGAGGCCGUGCAGACUCAGGAGAGGAACCUGCAGGAGUUGCAGGAAUGAUCACUGUUGAGCAGGACUUUGGCGACGGGGAUGCCCUGCCUGUUGCUUCAGAAGGAAGUCCUGAGGCUCCCAAGCAGGAAGCAGAGGUUCACAUGCCAGCAAAGUGCAGCAGCAGAUCCUCACCUUCGGAGAACAGAAUCCAAGACAAACUUGACAUCAAGUUGUUGGAGGAAUAUCUGGAUUCCGCAGAUGCCGGUCGAAGAUUAGAAGGAUAUCUUGCGCUAGUUGUCCGACAAUUGCAGCGCAUUGCGCCGAUGGCACAGGAUUCUGAGACAAAGAGUUCAGAGCGACAUGAUUGCCACAACCGUACUAGAAGAGACCCUGAUAAUGCCUGGGUCUGCGGCUGA